AUGCCUCACAACGAGGCCUGGGGCGCACAACCUUCAGCUGCUACGAACAACAAACCCGGCUUCCAGAUCAUCCCUCUCACCGACCUACAUUCCGCCGGCAAGUGUGCUUGUGUUGUUCCAGACGACAGUCCGCUCGAGUCGCAGGCGCAAAGGCGGGCGAGCAAUGAGGAAGGGUCGCAAGAACAGGUGGAUCAGCUGAGGAGUCACCUCGAUCGCACACUCAGCAAUGGCAUGAAUGGCGGGCCUACAAGCCAUGCGCCGCUCGAUGGGAACAGCGAGAUGAAGCCGCCACCUGCACACCUUCACCCGAAAGGCUCGAUGGCUGCUGCGCUGCACGGCCAGGUGCCAGCAGGCACUGGAAAUACAGCGACAAUGGCGAGGAAUGACACACCCGCACACACCGCGCCUAACAGUCCGCGGAUUGACGGUGACCACCAUUCGACGUUGUCCGACUCGAUUCAUAUCGGCAUGCCCGCGAGAACCAAUUCCGGGACCUCUACACCACGCAUACGACCGACGACUCUGGACAUCCCUGGAUUGACCAAGAGCAAGGUUUCUCCAGAUGGCAGAAUAGCGCAGAGAGACGUGGGUUCCAAAUUGGUCAUUGUAAUGGUGGGACUGCCGGCGCGUGGCAAGAGCUACAUCACGAAGAAGCUGGCGAGAUACCUAAAUUGGCUACAACAUGAUACGCGCAUCUUCAACGUGGGAGAGCGCAGACGCGUGGUGGCAGGCGGACCCCACUCCCCUGAGAGGUCGCAUACGCGCGGCGACCGUGGCCUCACGCUCACAGGCACCAGCCCACCGCACAUCAUCGACCACCUCAACCUCGACACGCCAGUCAAGCCUGAUCCAGAGUCAAACGCUGCGAGCGUGGCGCAGAUCAUGCUCAACGGUGAGAGCGUGGACGUGCCAGAAACACCACACACCAGCAGCAACGACCACGCACCCUUCUUCGAGGAAGACCACGACGGGGAGCACGACCUCCAUAGACCAGACAUGGGUGAGCCGCAAAGCCCGAGGCUGUCGCGCAGGAAGUCGCCAGACCCGGAGAUGGAGCAGAAUGCGGCAUUCUUCGACCCUGAAAACCAGAAGGCAUCACAGAUCCGGGAUCAGGUAGCCCGCGAGACGCUAGAUGAGCUUCUGGACUUCAUUCUGAAUGGAAGCGGCAGUAUCGGCAUACUCGACGCCACCAACAGCACCAUGGAGAGACGGAAGAUGGUCAUGGACCGCAUUCGCGAGCGCGCUGGACCAGAUCUCAAUGUGCUGUUUCUGGAGUCACGAUGUGUGGACCAGGAUUUGCUAGAGGCCAACAUGCGGCUGAAGCUGAGUGGUCCUGACUACAAGGACAUGGAUCCGAACGUCGCUCUGGCCGACUUCAAGAAGCGGGUACAGGCAUACGAGAAAGCCUAUGUCCCGCUUGGAGAGUACGAAGAAAAGCACAACAUGCCGUACAUCCAGAUGAUCGAUGUCGGCCGCAAGGUCAUCAGCCAUCAGAUCAAAGGCUUCUUAAUGGCGCAAGCAAAUUACUACCUGCUGAACUUCAACCUCGCGCCACGGCAGAUCUGGAUCACACGGCAUGGCUUGAGCGAGGACAAUCUUACCGGCAAACUUGGUGGAGAUGCUGAUCUGGCAGCUGAGGGACACGAGUAUGCGAAGUCAUUGACCAAGUUUAUUGCCCACAAGAGGCACGAGUGGGACAUGAGAGAGGUCCAUCGGCUCGAGAACUCGCACUUCCCACCACAGCCGGGCGAUGUCACUCCACCAAAUCCCUACUACCAACUACAGUCGCCCACAUCAACCUCGGCAUCGGUCUCAGAUGCUGGCUCGAACACAGACGCCUCCUCUGAGAUGGACGGCUUCACCACCAAGAACUUCUGCGUCUGGACCUCCAUGCUCAAGCGCAGCAUCCAAACCGCGCAGUACUUCAACGACGAAGACUACGACACGAAGCAGAUGCGCAUGCUUGACGAGCUGAACGCCGGCGUCAUGGAGGGUCUGACUUACAACUGCAUCGAGAAGACCCACCCAGAGGAAUUUGCAGCCCGUAAGAAAGACAAGCUACAUUACCGCUACCCCGGCCCCGGCGGCGAAGGCUACCUUGAUAUCAUCAACCGCCUCCGCCCCGUCAUCGUCGAGCUCGAGCGAAUGACAGACCACGUCCUGCUCGUCGGCCACCGCAGCGUCGCGCGCGUGCUUCUGGCGUACUUCCGCGGUUUGGAUCGCCAGGAGGUCGCGGAUCUGGACGUGCCGAUCGGGAUGCUGUAUUGCCUUGAGCCGAAGCCUUAUGGUGUUGACUUCAAGGCUUACAGAUGGAAUCGAGCGGCGGAGUGGUUCGACGAGGUGCCGGAUUUUAAGCUGCAGCGGGCGGUGGAUGAUAUGUCGUAG